AUGCAGCAGGAGCAGGCGGCGGCGGAGGAGGCGGCGCGGGUCCCUCGCCCGAUACGACGUCGGACGUAUGUCCCUCGCGAGCACGACGUAGCGCACGAACGUCUGUUCGCAGAUUAUUUUACCGAGAAUCCAAGGUGGGGCCCGAAUGUUUUCCACCGACGUUUUAGAAUGAGCCGAGAUCUUUUUCUCCGCAUUGUGCACACGUUGGAGGGAUGUGAUGAGUACUUCCGGUAUAGGAAAGACGGGAUCGGCAGACCCGGACUUACGGCGUUGCAGAAGUGCACGGUUGCAAUCCGCCAGUUGGCCUACGGCACAACAGCGGAUAUGUUCGACGAGUACCUUCACGUCGGGGAGACAACUGACCACGAAUGUCUCAAGAAAUUUUGUAAGUUAGUUGUGGAGGCUUUUGGCGACACAUAUUUGCGACGCCCGACUGCUGAUGAUUGCUAG